GACAUCGCUCCGGUUGGCCACGAAUAUUCUGGACCGAGUUAAAUACCAUUUUGACAUUUAGUUUUUACAAACUGUUUGAUGGGCAGAAAGAGGAUGGAUGGAGGAGACUUGCAAUAAAGUGAAAUAAUUGCUCGAGUCUUAAGAGUCUUAAUCCUUACCGUUUGGAUAUCAUCCUGGAAAUCAUGGUGGUGUUGGGUUGGAAUCUAACGGGGGGGCACAAUGACAAAAUAGCGUCUCUUUUCCCAGAUCCACCAUUCAAGUCCGUUCUAACCCUGAACCCACCCAAACAAAGGAUGUUCUCCGUAAUCCUUGUUUGACGUUUCCAUGACCCACAAAAUCAAAAGCCCAGUGAUCCCAGCACCCCGCCGAACUCCCCGAACGACUGCAUGUGACCUUGUCUACCCAGUUCCUGUCCCUGGCCUGUGUCAUGGAUCGAGCUUCUCCUGUCCCACCGCUGGCCACCGAUCCACUGUGUUCAGAGCCCGAUUUUCAUCCCAAACCAGUUAUCACCCAAAACCUAUCUGAUGUGGAGUCCACAGCCACGUCCACGGGCUAUUGGCCUUCCCUCCGCCAUCGCAUCGUCUCUUGUCCUGGAGUGGGACAUGGAUUGGCCGCUUUGGCCUGUUUGGCUAUGACGGCCGCCGCCACAAUUGUGAAAUUGGACCGCGAAUCUGACCCCUUUUUCAUGGCGGCUGCUCGAAACGUGGUCAUAGCUAGUCUAAGUUUAAGUUUGGUUUGGGCUCAAGGGAUUUCGAUAGUACCCAGGGGUAAAGUUCGGUUACUGGCUCUGCGGAGUCUCUGUGGGAACACGAAUCUGUUGCUCAUGUACUACGCCAUUCGGCAUCUACCUCUAGGGGAUACGCGCAUGAUCUCGGCCUCGGCGCCAAUUUUUGUGACCUUCUUGGCUCGAUUGUUCUUAAAUGAGGCGUGCGGGAUGUUUGAGGUGUUUAAUAUCAUUUUAACCAUGAGUGGAAUCUUGGUGGUCAUGCAACCUCCUAUUUUGUUUGGUGAGAGUGAUUACGGCUUGGAAUAUCAGACGCAUCAUUUUGUGGCCGCAUCCAUGGCCGUCAUUGGCACUUUGCUCGCUGCCAUCGGGAUGGUGGUAACCCGGGCCCUCAGGGAUGUGAAUAUCUUUGUGGUGUCGUCGUGGAAUGGAGUGAUUGGAUCGUUCCCCGGAUUCAUUAUCUCGCUUUGCUUGGGAACCUUCAGCAUUCCCUCCUGGUCAUCUGUGGGAUAUCUGGUAGCCUUGGGCGUGCUCAGUUUCAUCGGCCAAGGCCUAAUGACAGCGGCUUUCCGAUUUGAAGAGGCCGGAAUAAUCUCUCUGGCUAGGAAGGCGGAGGAUAUUGUUCUGGCUUUUCUCAUCCAGAUCCUCUAUUUUGGUGACAUUCCCACGAUCCUCACCUUGCUCGGCACGGUUAUCAUCACCGUGUGCAUUCUGAUCUCUGGGUUCCGGAAAAUCCUGGAGAAAUCCGCUCAAACCCCGUCAUCGUUGCGGGCUUGUUUGUGUCUCCCGCCUUGGGAAAACGAAACCAACUCAAGUUUAAACUGUGAUUCCGAAGAAAAUGGACAUUAGCUAGUAGCUGUCGCGUGUUAUUUGAAAAUCCAGAAACCAAUUGUCAAUGAGUAUCAAAUACUCACUUACUUUUACCAUCUGUACCCAGGUAUCUGAUGCAUAUUUUAGGAAACAUGAUUCAUCCAAGUAAACAUCUGAACCAGCGAA